AUGGGCAGUAGGGGAAGAGCUGCUGAGGAUACUAACAAGAUUGCCAACGGGAUGCCGAGCUACGCGCCUCCAUUGCCGCCGCCUAAUUCCAUGGGCAUGGAAGGAACUAAUAUUCAUCCUUCUCGAAUUUCUGAUUUUGGAGCCCUUGAACAAUCUCUAGGAUUUCGUGUCGAGGAUGCCAUGAAUCUCAGCAGAAAUCCAGUGUUUAAUCAAAUGAAAGCAAAUAGCCAAGCUUUAGGUGCAGAUAUUCAAUUUGGUGCUCUAAGUAAGUCAAUUGCAAACUCGGAUAUAAACCUCUCUGCUGCAAUUGCUGGUUCUCAGACAUUGCAACAACAAAAAGACACGCAGCCGAAUUUGGCUUCAACAUCUGGCGGCCAUCGUGAGAACUGGGGAGAGUCCAACAUGGGUGAUGGAAGCCCUGAUACUUCAACAGAUGACACAGAAGACAAAAAUCAAAUGGCUGAAAGAGGAGAAUCAAGUGAAAGAUCUAAAGAUAAAUCAGAUCAAAAGACGUUAAGACGGCUAGCCCAAAAUCGCGAGGCUGCCAGAAAAAGUCGACUGAGGAAAAAGGCAUAUGUGCAACAAUUAGAGAGCAGUAGGCUGAAACUGACCCAACUGGAGCAAGAGCUACAGCGAGCACGCCAGCAGGGGAUUUUUAUUUCAAGCUCUGGAGAGCAGGCUCAUUCGAUGAGUGGAAACGGCGCAAUGGCGUUUGACGCAGAAUAUGCACGAUGGUUAGAAGAGCAUAAUAGGCAAACCAAUGAGCUAAGGGCUGCAAUAAAUUCUCAUGCGGGGGAUAUUGAACUCCGUACCAUUGUGGACAAUUUCAUGACUCAAUUUGAAGAUAUCUACAGGCUGAAAGGUGUUGCAGCAAAAGCUGAUGUUUUCCACAUUCUAUCAGGAAUGUGGAAGACUCCAGCUGAGAGGUGUUUCAUGUGGAUUGGAGGCUUUCGGUCAUCCGAACUUCUUAAGCUUCUUGUAAGUCAUUUAGAGCCUUUAACAGAGCAACAAUUAAUGGGCAUCUACAACUUGCAACAGUCAUCUCAACAGGCUGAAGAUGCUCUUUCCCAAGGAAUGGAUGCAUUGCAGCAAUCACUUUCCGAGACUUUGGCUAAUGGUUCGCCCAACCCAUCAGGUUCUUCUGGAAACGUGGCUAACUACAUGGGCCAAAUGGCCAUGGCCAUGGGAAAGCUCGGUACUCUCGAGGGCUUUCUUCGCCAGGCUGAUAAUCUGCGGCAACAAACAUUGCAACAGAUGCUUCGAAUAUUAACAACGAGACAAUCAGCUCGAGCUCUUCUUGCAAUAAGCGAUUAUUUCGCCCGGCUACGAGCCUUGAGUUCUCUAUGGCUUGCGCGGCCAAGGGAGUAA